AUGUCUUCUCUUUCUCAAGAUCAAAUAAAUGAAUUAAUUACCAAUGCUGAAUCUGAGGACGAUGAAGAUGGCUGGUCUUGGGAUGGUGACAUAUCAGAUUCUGAAUUGGAAGAUGAUAGUUUAGUAAAAACUAUUAGGGAAAAAUUAGUUUCUAAAUUGUGCAGUACUCCAGUAAAUACUUCAAGGAAUCUUUACAGCCAGUUUCCCAGCUCAAAACCAACAUCAAGUAUUCAAUAUAUUUCUAAUGAUGACCAGGACAUGUAUUGUUUUGCUAGUUCUCCCGAAAUUACUGUUAAUUCUGAUUUAGAUUUUAUAGAUAUUGAAAAUUUGCCUAUAUUUUAUGAUAAUGGUGUUAACAUUUCAAAUAUUUCCAAUGGUCUUAUGGAUGUUGAUGAAAGUAUAAAAAUACAAGUAAUAGUAUUAGUGACAACAUAA